GGCGGGUUGCCGGCAGGCGGAGCGCGGCGUGUGACCCCCCUCCCGGCAUGCGCGGCGAGUCCAGUCGUCGACCCCCGUCCGGCCGCUGAUGAGGUGACAGCCACACCGAGGAGCAUGGUACAGCCCUUAUGCUUGCUUCUAGCGGCUGCUGAGUUACUCAUCCUGGCUACCAACUCGCACUCCACAGACGGACACGCGCCGGCCCGCAACUCGUCCGGCGCGCUGCACCCAGACGCCAGCUCGUACCUGCAGGAGCUGGCCGGCUACUGGCCCUACAACGACUCCUUCCAGCUGUCCAGGUUCCAGGAGUUCGACCACACGCACUUCGACGACUCGCGCGAGGAGCACGCCGCCAGCACGGAGCCCUACCCGGCGGCCAGGCCCGUCGCCGAGCCCGAGUUCGACGGCGCCGUGUCGACCCACGUGACUGCGCAGCUGGGUGGCCCCGCCUCCCUGCGCUGCCGCGUGCGCAACCUGGGCGAGCGGCCGGUGUCGUGGGUACGGCGCCGCGACUGGCACAUCCUCACGUCGGGCGCUCUCACCUACACCAGCGACGAGCGCUUCCGGGCGGCGCAUGCGCCGGGCAGCGACGACUGGGACCUGCGCAUCGAGUACGUGCAGAAGAGGGACAACGGCACGUACGAGUGCCAGGUGUCCACCGGCUCGGGCACCGUGGCGCACUACGUCCACCUGCAGGUGGUGGUGCCCUCGGCCUUCAUCCUGGGCAGCGGCGAGUACCACAUCGGCGAGGGCAGCACCAUCAGCCUCGUGUGCGUCAUCGAGCACAGUCCCUCGCCGCCGCAGCACGUGCUGUGGUACCACAACGACCAGAUGAUCAACUACGACACGAGUCGGGGCGGGGUGACCGUCAGCACCGAGCCCGGGCCCAAGACGCACAGCCGGCUGAUCGUCAAUGCUGCCACCCGCGGCGACUCCGGCAACUACACGUGCAGGGCCGCCAACACCGAGGCCGACACCAUCCACGUCUUCGUCUCCAGAGGCGACAACACGGCGGCCAUACAGCGGCAGGAGUCCUCGGGGUCUGACCGCGGACCCCGGCUGCUGCUGCCCUCAGUCCUGCUGACCUGCCUGCGGCUGUGGGUCGCCAGGUCGUAGCACGGGAGCAGCGCCGAUGCAGCCCGCCUGGUCGCGACAGACUGCGACUGCGAGCUGGGACAGACCUGGUUCCCCCGUCGCGCCGUCGCGCCGUCGGGCGAACACUCGACAAGCUCGCUCUGCAGUUGAUCAUCGACCAAGUUCCCGUCGCGCGUGCGUGUGCUCAACAUACUGUUAGCCACAAGAAGAACACUUCACUUGGACGAUUUUCAGGGAACUACAACGUUUACAGAAAGAAAGAAAGAAAAAUAUUUUUACAGGCUAAUUCCCUCAGAGGACGUACUUUUUUUUUUUACCAUAUAUGGUCAGUCGAAAAUAAUUUUAUUUUCGUGUGCCCAGAAUAUUUUUCUUUUCGUGACGUGCCGAUUACAGCAAGUUAAAUUAAAUGAAUUAUCAGGAAAAGAAACAACUGGAAGCCAUGGCGGUCAUUUAUUCUGCAGGACGAACCGGAAUUUCUCUCUCUCGAAAAAAAAACUAACUAAAAACUUGGGGUAGCCCAACAGGAUAAGCGUGGAAUAAAUAAUUGUUAUCAAAACAACCCGCCUUGGAGGGUAACAUUUCCAGCCUAUCUCAAGAGUUUAACUUGAGAGUUUGUGUAGAUAAUUUGUUUUGAAUUAAAGUAAUUACUGCAAUGUGUCCUUAGCCUGGUUAAAAACAUGAGUUGUGCCGUAGAAAUUAACUGGCUAUUCGUCCGAAUUUUUUUUUGUAGUGUUUGGUGUCCAGUGUUAUUUUUUUUAGAUUGCAUUAAAAUAAACGCAUGCUUGUGUAACGCUGAAAAUUAAAUUUAAAAAAAUGUCCGUUUAAAUAUCUGGUAUCUGAACUAGAGAUUUCUUAAGUGAUCGCUGAUAAUUUAGGAAAAUAAUUAUAACUGCAGUCUCUGUUGAAUGAAACGCAUUGGGCUUUGUGUGUGCUAAUGAAACUUUUGCGCAUAGCGACAAAUGUAUUUCAAGAAAGCUGCCACAGUUAUUUACCAUCACGAUGUUUUCUUUUGAUAAUUUAUUUGAUUUUGUGGUUGUAAAUAUGUCAUAAAUUCAUAUGUACGCUUUUUACCUCUUCAUAUUCGAAAGGAAAAUUACGUAUAGUAACCUCGUAUAGUUUUAUUUUAUUUGGCUAGAAUUCACAUUUUUAGUUCUUGGACAUCACAGUGCCUUAAGAACACCCGAUGAAAUCAUGUCCGCAAAGGUGUAUGCAAAUUUGGUGUUAAUUCACGUUUGUGUGUUGCUUUUAGGUUGUGUUUCAAGUACAAAAGGUACAAAGAAU